CCCUUAGCACAGAAGCCAACAAAAGGCUGUUUACGCAAACCAAUUUCUUCCAUUACUUGAAUUCCAUGUUCCUUAUUUUCAUCUGGUUUUUCAAAUUUGGCAUUGUUGUGUAGCGUGCGAGUCUUCCUUUUUUCUUUCUUCUUUCUUUUAAUUAAUGUUUUGCUCUGUUUGUUUAAAGCAAAAGUGUUCCGUUAUGUUACGUUACGCAUUGUAAGCAUGAAGCCUUGAAUAUUCUAACUGGUUUCUUAACUGACAACCGAGAUACUCUUUUUCAUUUUUUAAGCAAAAAAAAGUGAGACUAAUUUUGAUUAAAUGGGUGAAAAUAUCAGUUUAGUUCAACACUUUGAACUGGGUUUGGGGGUGAAUCAGAGAUUAGAGUAUUUGUCUCGUUGACACUCUCAAGAUUUGUUCAUUUUCAUUCUGCUUUCUCUUUUCAGGUGCUUGAAUUGCAUUUUCCAUUGGUUGCAGUGUCGAGAUCUUGAAGGACAAUGCUGUUUUCGAGAAGUGAGAACACCAUGCAGAGGAAGAUUGCAAAUUGUUGAGAUGUCCAUGUAAUUUGAAUAUCAAAGGUUGUGUUUGGAGAGAGGAUGGCAUCUUCAUGGGAAUAUUUUGGGGAGCUUGCAAAUGUGGCUCAGCUAACGGGCAUAGAUGCUGUGAAGUUGAUUGGGAUGAUUGUGAAAGCUGCAAGUACAGCACGGAUGCACAAGAAGAACUGCAGGCAAUUUGCGCAGCAUCUGAAGUUGAUUGGAAACUUGCUGGAUCAGCUCAAGAUCUCUGAGCUAAAGAAGUACCCCGAAACCCGAGAGCCUCUGGAGCAGCUAGAAGAUGCCCUUAGAAGGUCUUACAUUUUGGUUAAUAGUUGUCAAGAUCGUAGCUAUCUUUAUCUGCUGGCUAUGGGCUGGAACAUUGUCUAUCAAUUCAGGAAGGCUCAAAGUGAAAUUGACAGAUACUUGCACCUUGUUCCUCUCAUUUCCCUAGUGGACAAUAAUCGAGAAAGACUUGAAGUUAUUGAAAAGGAUCAAUGUGAGUAUACAUUAGAUGAUGAGGAGCAAAAGAUACAGACUGUCAUUUUGAAACCUGAGCCUGAGAAAGGUGAUGCUGUGGUGCUGAAGAAAACUCUUUCCUAUUCUUAUCCAAACUUUUCUUUCAACGAAGCUCUUAAAAAGGAAAACGAAAAGCUUCAAGCAGAGCUAGAACAUUCACAAGCAAAUAUGGAUAUAUAUCAGUAUGAAUUCAUUCAACAUUUAUUAGACGUGACAGAAGUUGCAGCUCAUUAUCAUUCAGAAAAAAAUAACAAGAAAGUAGAGUACAGCGGAAGCAGUUAUUCUGAUGACAAUGGUGCCAAAAAGAAUGACACUCUUUCCUCAUCGAGAUCAUCAGUUUCAGGAAAGGAUCUGCUAUCAACAAGAGGUUCAUAUAAUAGGGAAGACUGGCAUACUGAUUUACUUGCUUGCUGUUCUGAACCUUGUCUUUGUAUAAAGACAUGCUUCUGCCCUUGUGGAACAUUGUCAGAUAUUGCUAGUGUUGCAACUAACAGGCCAAUAUCCUCUGCAGAAGUAUGUAACGAAUUGAUGGCAUAUUCUUUAAUUUUAUCUUGCUGCUGCUAUACUUGCUGCAUAAGGAGUAAGCUUCGGAAGAUGUUGAACAUUAGAGGGGGCUAUGUUGAUGAUUUUCUUUCUCAUUUAAUGUGUUGCUGCUGUGCACUUGUGCAAGAAUGGAGAGAAGUUGAGAUCCGCAGGGCUUCUGGUCCUGAGAAGACUAACACAAGGCCUCCACCCUCACAAUACAUGGAAUCUUAAGCAACACCAUGAGAUUCACAUAGAAUUUUUUUCUUGUUCAGAAGCAAUUUGGUUAUUAGUGUUGUCUCAAGAAGUCAGGGUCUAUGUAAAGAAGUUUUCUGUUUUAUAGAAAUAAUCAAUCCAUUCAAUCACACAA